AUGGUCAGCACCCGAGGCACCGAUAGGCGCUUUGAUGAGGACACUCUGGCCGCCAUCCUCGCCUCUCAACCAGUCCGCGGCCGCCCAGUCGACCAAUCAACCGACAUCGCUCCUCCUCUUCACUCACCGACGACAUCCUCACCGUUGACUCCACUUCGUUCAGACCUUGCUUCUCUUGGAGAUACCUCCUCAAUCCUCUCUCCUGCACCUUCACUCCCCGACAAGGGAUACGAGCUUCUGCAGGGGGGCCGUCACACACCGAGCUCUAGCCCUACACUACCUUCCCUCCCGAUCACAGUCGGCACUCCACCUCUCGCAGACUUCACCUUGUCCAUCUCGCUGCCCGGCUCUCCCAAGGGGCCCCGUCACAAGAGAAGCCACGAGGAGCUCACUGUCGAGGAUGAAGACAACCACGAGGCACCCAGUGCUGGAGGGAGUGGACAGUCCGUCACCACGCAGCUGGCCGGCGACGUCGCUUGCGUUCAUUGCAAAGCAUCAGACGUGGAAUGCUCCGGCACGACACCAUGCGACAACUGUGCAGCUCAGGGUCUUAGUUGCCGGUACGCCAAGCAUGCGACCGAGCACAGCGACAAUGCCUCCCCCAAGAAGAAACGCAAGACGGCGACCACCUUCAAGAGUCGGCGCAAGACAGGUCCUGCUUGCGGGUUCUGCAUCUAUUCCAAAGACACAGCGCAAUGUUCACGCACACUUCCCGCUUGCGACAGCUGUGCUGGUCUUGGUCGUAAAUGUCGCUACCAUAACCGCAGGCAUGCCCCCGACACCCUACAGGCGCUUGGUGAACUGAAGAUCCGCCAGAAUUCCUCGAACAUACCCCUGCCGCCCAACUGGGUACGUGUGAUUCACAGCGACAUCUACGACUCUCUGGCUCAGUCGAGCCUGCAGGAGGCGCGUAGUUGGCCUCAGAUCCAGGCGAUAUCUGAGGACUUCGCCAGGGCCGAUGCAGCGUCUUCGGCAGUGUACAUUAUUCUCCCCGCGCACAUCGCUGGUACUAAAGCGACACCCUCUCCAUCUGCCACUGCGACACCCUCAGGACCCACUGAGCCCAAUUGGACUGUGGGGUCGUCCACAUUCAGCCUGCCCCAAGAUCGGCCCCCUUCUCUCCCGCCCAACUGGCUGCCCCUCAACGACGUUUGGGCAGCAACGGUCCUCUGUACGCUUGGUACACCAGUGCACGAGAGGUCUGAGUGGGAUUCUCAAGUUCAGGCCGCGUACGAGGAGUCAUGGGGCCGAGAUGAUGGCUCGAGUCGGUUUACGGCCUAUGCGCUCCUCCAUCGCUUUGCCGAGUCGGCCAGCGUACCGGGCCCCCUCGACACCGAAGAGCAGUCCGAAUGCGAGUCCGAAUCCGAAUUCGAAGUAGAGUACGAGUCAGAGGACAGAGGUUGA